AAGACUACGUACUUUACGUUGCCUGCCUGCCUGCCUAGCAUUUGCCGGUUUCUGUCAUCUGUCCUAUAAAAUGAACAUUUCUGUGAACAAAUGGAGCUAUCUGACCUGACACUUUACUUGACACUCAUAGUUAGAGAAUCCGUUUGAGGUCAUUCUGACAUAUUUCAUCCCAUUUACCUGCCAGCUUUGAUCAAUGGAUUCUUCAAACAUGGCCACCAAGAAGAGAGUCAUUCGAAUCAUUGAGUGGGAUGACAUGGACAAGCGCAAGUUCUUUGGGUUUGGUGCCAUGCUGUCAUUUGCUGUUCGGACUUCAGUCUACCCUUCCCAUCUCAUCAAGACCAGACUACAAAUGCAACAUCAAAACAGCCUCUAUAAAGGAACAUGGGAUGCGUUAAAGAAAAUCAUCAAGUACGAAGGGGUCAGAGGAUUUUACAAAGGAUUCGGUGUGAAUCUAAUAUCUAUAGGUUCAGAGCAGAUGUAUAUCCUUAGCUACGAGAUGAUGCGAAAUGCUUGUGUGAAUAUGGACAACACCCCUCGGACUCUCAUAGCAGGUGGAUUUGCAUCCCUGGUGUCACAGACGAUACGGGUGCCUGUUGAUGUUCUAUCUCAGAAGACGAUGAUGCUGGGAUUGGCUGUUGAUGCAAAGACUGUCGCUAAACAAGUAAGGUUCAAUGAUGUGUACCGACUUGCCCAAGAAACGUACCACAGCCAUGGGUUCUUUGGAUUCUACAGAGGAUAUGUUGCUUCUCUCUUGACAUUUGUUCCUAACAGUGCUCUGUGGUGGACAUUCUAUCACAACUACACAGAACUGUUUGCCUCCUUCCUGAAUACCAGUCUUCAACUACAAGUGCCUGUCCUAGCAAUCCAGGCAGUCUCAGGGUCCUGUGCAGGAUGUAGUGCUGCAUUUAUUACUAAUCCUAUGGAUACUGUCAGGACUAGAUUACAGGUUACUGGUCAGAAGUCCAUUACAAAGACGUUUCGCCACCUGCUCGCAGAGGAAGGCAUGGGGGGACUAACCAAAGGUCUGACGGCAAGACUUCUCUCCACCAUCCCAACCAGUCUCAUCAUUGUUCUAGGAUACGAGACCAUCAAGAGAUUUAGCUUACGCAAAGAACUCAUCGAGAGUAUCCAAUGGUGACAUAGGAUUUUAGCUGUAGUUAGGAUAUUAUAGACUCUAAUAAAUAUAUAAUUGACUAUUUUGUGAUAUCUUAAAAAUUCUCAUAAAUUCAUACAUGCAAGGAUGCCACUUUUCUGGACAUUCUAUCAGGCUCCCUGGCUGUGAUUGUAUUGGUAUGCUAAUCAGCCAUAUUGCAAACAUUAUGAUUUGUUUGUGAUUUAUUCUCUACUUUAAUGCAGAAUCUGCUGGUAAACUUGAUGAUUGAGAGGCUUUAACUAUAUUUUUUAAAGGAAUUAUGUUGAUAAAUUUAUGUGAAUGUUGCCUCGUGAAUGUCUGUGGUUGAUUAGCUUGAAGUGUGUGUCUGUCUUUUUUUAUGAAGAGGGUUGUUCUUUUACCUCAUUGCCUCUUCACAGAGAGAAAACAUGUAUAAUUGAAGUGCUGCUGAUGUAGUUUAUUUUUAAUCCAUUGCCUAUGGGAAGUUGAUGGUCCCUGUAAAGCCUGUGAGAAUGAGAUAAUUCAGUAGUCAACAGGUAAAUUAAUACUUUGUACCAAGGUAUUUCAGAGCAUUUCAUGAUGGUGGUACCAUUUCUACUUGUACUUGGGGUCUUAUUUUAUUAUGUAAUGACUGUACAGAGAGUGGAUUAUAUGUGUUUUUAGUAUAAUCAUCAGCAUUGUGUUUUAUGAAUCAGACAUGCUGAUUGGGAAAAUGUUUUAAUAUGAUGGGGUGGUGGGGGGGGGGGGGGGGGGGUCAUUUAGGCUUCAUUUGAUCCUCUGGUUGUUUACCGGCUUACAAGCAUAUACAUGCUUUCUUAGCAGUCAGGUAAAACAAUCAUCAAUACACAGACGUUGGAUGAUAGAGGAAGAAGGUCUGUAGAUUGAGCUGGGGGGGGGGGGGGGGGGGGAGAGGGAGUGAGUCAUGAGAAGGGGAAAAGAUAUAGAGAGAAAGGGGAAGAGAGCUGAUGCGAGGUAAAGAAUAGAGAAGUAGGGACGGUUGUAAGAAGAAAGAGAAAUUAUCGUGAAAUAAAAUGUAUUGAACAAAAAGAUUGUGAAUUCCCACUAUCAAAUUAGUUACUGUAAAUCAUAUAUAUAUAUAUAUAUAUAUCAAAUUAGUUACUAUGUCUUUGCAUUAAAUAAUUAUCAUACAUGCAUACACCUCAGGAUAAUAUUGCACAAUUUUGCUCUAUUCAUUAUUACAUGGUAUUUGAACAGGAAUUUGUUGUUAAUUUGUCAUGUUGAUAUAAAAAAUGUUUUAAGGAAUUUAGAAUUUCAUUGUUCUACGUAUCGCCACAUUAAAGCUAUUCAUUUUCAGAUUGGUACACAAGUGCAUGGACUUUAAAAACUUAAAAAACUCUAUCCGAUUUUAUGCCCCUGCAACUAAAAUGGUGCUUGGGUUAAUGUAAUCAUCCAAGGCAGAACCUUAAAGUUGUUGCUACAUGUACAUGUAAGUACUGCAUAACCCAUUUUGGAGAUACUAUCUAUGCUUGGGCUGAUAGCAGUCAUUUUUAUAUAAAUCUAAUACCCAUCAAGACAAAUGUUAGAUAUGUGAUCAUGAAAGUAUGAUAUGGUAUAAAGGAGGCAGACAAAAGGUAAUUUGGCAGUGAUUAUUCUAAUGGACAAAGUAGAACUUGUUCUUUUUAAAAUAAUCUACUUUUUGAAAUUUUUCUGUUAUCUUUGUGAGACAAAUUUUUACAUUUUCCUUCUUUAUGUUUGGGUUUGACUGUGUCAGUACAAGGUUCCUAAUAUUGCAUUAUUACAUUGAUUUAUGUAAUUUAUAUUUGUGGAUAUCAAAGUCUUUGGAAAGAUAAUAAGCAAGAGUGAAUUAAGUGUGCAUUAAAUAUCAAUGAAGAGAGAUUUAUCUAGGCCUUUGUCAUGUUAACAUUAGUUAAUUUUUUAGAAGGGCAAAAGAAGAACUGACUGAUGUACUGUAGUAGGGGAAAAUUUUGAAAGCAAGACAAUUGAACUAGAAGGGACUUCUGAAAAUGAACCUGCUUAUAUCUUAAUGUUCAUUUGUGUUAAUACAAAAAAACGUUACGUGAUUAUAUUUGAUUGAUAAGGUGCAUCUUCUAUAUCAAAAUCAUGAAUGUUUUUAUUUUAGACUUUUAUCUUAACAUGUUUUAAUUGGUUUUUUUUAAGUCUUGUUUUUUUAAAUCUUCUGAAAAUUCUUUAUCGACACAGUAUAUUUCAGCAUGCAGAAUCAUUAUAUAAUUUAACAAAACUUAUUAAAUGCCUGUGGAAUUGCAUUUUUAUGUUCGUUUCCUUUCGACACGCUAUUGGUAUAAAAGUCUGUCCCAAACCGCUCAAAAAAAGUAACUAAUGUAUGCAACCUGAAUUCUUCUGAAAUAUGUCAGUUCGGGGACCAUGAAUACCUCUUCCCUUAUAGAGAUACAUGCACGUAGUAGAAUGUCCAUCGGCGAAUUCCUUUGUUGUGGAAAGUUAUUUAGUUGGUGUAAUCUCAUCUUGUAAAGAGAUCAAGAGGAAGCAAAUGAAUAAGAAUAAAGCCCCACCGCACACUAUACGAUCAUUCUCCGAUCCUAUCUUCAAAGAAAUCGAUGUUGUAUUGGAUAUAGAAAUUUAAACAAUCGUCUUCCCGACUGAGAUUCUAAAUAAUAAUAGAAGUACUAAAUACCUACACUUAAAUCUGCUACUCGGUGUUGAAGCCAAAUCGGCUUUUAAUCGUAGGCGAUCGCAUAACUGAAGUGACAUCACUACGAUUUUGAGCCGAUAUGAGCAUGAUGAGUUUCCUCCUUCAUGGAAGGUUGCAGUCGCCUGACUUUGCUAUUGUACAUGAAUUACUGCAUUCAUAUAAGUAUUCCACACCCCAAUUCUUAAGGUUUUGCAUGUUCAUGUCAAAUGCUAUUGUAAAUUAUUCCGAAAUUGGAGUGUAGUCUGGUCGUUUAUGUGUGCGAUGGGAUUAAGUCAUUUAAAAGAAUUGUCUUAAUUUUCGAGGGAGUCUGACAGACCCAUGCACAUGAGGGUUUAUUAUAUACAUGCAAUAUAUGAUAUUUUCUAUGUACAUUUGGGUAUGAUGUGUGAGGCAUUUAAUAUAUCACGCAAUUUCCAAAUUCUUUAUUAAAUGACUAUACGAAUGGAA